GUAUCACACAGGAACUCUGGCGUUCGGCUCCCUGAUCCUCUCCAUCGUUCAGAUCAUCAGAGUUCUGCUGGAGUAUCUGGACCACAAGCUCAAAGGAGCUCAUAAUAAAUGCACCAAGUUCCUGCUGUGCUGCCUGAAAUGCUGCUUCUGGUGUUUGGAGAAAUUUGUCAAGUUCAUCAACAGAAACGCCUACAUCAUGACGGCGAUCUACGGGAAUAACUUCUGCACCUCCGCCAAAAACGCCUUCUUCCUCCUCAUGAGGAACAUGAUCAGGGUGGCUGUCCUGGACAAAGUGACAGACUUCCUCUUGUUUUUGGGGAAACUGCUCAUUGUUGGGCUCGUGGGUGAGUCUUAAUAUCAAUUAUUCA